AUGAACACCCGAUACGACAAGGAGAAAGCUGGCAGUCGAGUUAGGCAGCUUUUCGAAGGCCAGGAAGAGACCGCUUCCCAAGGGACCAUCAUGUUGGACUCAUUCGAGAAAUCCGCGUGUAAAGUCGUAGGAUUUGAAUACCCAAGAGCGUUUCGCCUUAUGCAAGUAGACGGUAUGGAGGAAACAGAACUUCACUUCAAGUUCUUCGGCGUGCUGUGCGAUAGGAAUCUGCCGCCGUUGACUCAUGUCCCUCGACGACGGGACGCUGGUACCAUACGCAAUCUUCGCCAACACGUGCGAAUCACCGGGCUGGGGGACGAGCACUUCCAGCGAGUAGCGGACAGUGUUUUCAGCGCUCAAACCUUGUUCUGCGACAGCCUCGGAGGUCCACGACAGGUUACGCCCCCUAGUUCAUUGCCCUACGAAGGUUUUACGACCAUCGAUGCACACGCUCGAUACUUUACGGACAGAACGGCGAACCCUUUCGAAAGUCAUCAGCCGUUUCUACCGGGGGUGGAUCCCAACAACAUCCUAGAGUCUCUUCGAGGGGAGAAGUUCAUUCACACUAUGGAUAAUCAAGUCGAAUAUGCGGUCAGGGUAGAGAACGACGGGGAGAACCCCAGGUACAAGGCGUUCAGUCCUGCCGAUUUUGGAAUCGGCGAUGUCGUAGAAGUUACAGUGUCCUUCAUGGCGGUCCCUAUCAAAGGCGGCGUGUACAAGUUCAUGACUGUCCUUAAAGGACUAUGCUUGGUGGACAAAAGUAUUCGUGAGGCUUCUCAGCAGCUGAACCCACCCAUUGAGGUCGUAUCAGGGCGAAGCAACGUCCUGCGGAAGCGAAGGAUCUUUCUGGACGACGAAGAAGUUAAGGAGGCGCAGCAGAGGCUUCAAAAGCUUCGGAUGGCAUAG